UGGUUUUUUAUUUAUUUUAUUUUAAUUAAAAAAAUACUUCUUCUUUUUCUUUUCUUCAGAUAGUAUAAAAACAUAAACGAAAACAAUCGAAUCAUUCCAAAAUUCUUCCCAGUCGAGCAGUGCUGCCAGCCCACCAGCAGAGGCAAUGUGGUGAAAUCACGUGUUGACACCACCGUCGUCGCUAAGGCAACGCAACUGGACGUAACAACAUACGCAAAAAGGAAACAAACGCAAAUCGCAUUGCCGUGUGUUAUUGUUGUUCUCUUUUCCAAAAGUAAGCUCUUCAAGGUGUUUUAUUUUGUGAUAAAUAUCCGUUCGUUUUUUUUUUGUUUUCUGUGGUCUAAUUUUGUGCUACAUAAAAAAAUAAUUAAGUAGUUUAAUACAUCCGUACAAAAAGCAAGACAAUAUCGUCGGCACAGUACGCUCGCGCGUGUGUCUUGUGAGGAGUUAUAGAAUCGAAACUUAACAAACACGCUUUUGACGCCAGAAUUGCCACGCCAAAACAAAACAAGGCACUGUACCGCACAGGAACUUUACAUCGCGCAAGGAAACGGAGCGGAGGAAAACGCAAGUCAACGAGAGACAAAAGAAGCGAUGUCUUUUGGCCCUCGGAAACCAACCAUACCGUCACGGCCUUCCCGUCCCGGUGUGGUGAAAAAACCCAUCAGCAAACCGGUAACGAAGAAUGAAGCGGCAGCAAAGCUACAACAGCAGCAAGCCGUCAAGCCGAAAGGAACAUCAUCCACUGGAGCCGCUUCCAAGAAGACGAUUGCACCCGUUGCACCAAAGCCAACCCCCCCGAAACCUCCCACCCCGGAGCCGGUCUAUGAUUAUGAGUCGGAUUUCGAGUCCGAUCAAAGCAUGCCCAGCCCAGCGGGCGGCUCGUCUAGCACGGAGAGUAGCGCCGAGAAUACGGAAUCCAACAGUUCCUCCUCGGAGGGAGGGGACGAUGAAGAGGAAGAAGAUGAGGGCGAGGAGGAGAAAAGGGAAAGUGAUCCACUGGAAAGGGUACCAAACGUUUCGGCACGUCCAGAGGUGCAAUUAAACACACCAUCGAUCGUCCCCAGAAAUGCAAGAAGCGUUGACAUUUUGAGUAAGAUCUCCCUCAACGACAUUACGGUGCAGGUGUACCGGUUCGAUCCGGAGGAGUACGCGGAGCUGAGAACUAGCUUCGGUAUUACCAGCACGGUUGCGUACGGGAAGCACACGCAGACAGACUGCGGCAUGGUGUCAACGGCUUCGCAAACAUCCGCGAUCAGUGUACGCGAUCGUGCGACUUGUAUGCAUGAAGUGAUCCGUUCGCCGUACCGCGUUGAAGAGGAAGAGGAAGGGAUCGAUCGCAUGCAUGAAGACGAUGGGGAGAACGAUGAAGUGCAGAAUUACAGCAGCUUGCAGAACAUUGAGCGUAUGUUUGGCACGCUUAACGGUGCGCUUGAACGACGAUUCUCCAAGGUCAGUGGUGGGCCGAGAUUAAUGCCCACCGCCGGAUACGACGGACGAAAGCAAAGCCAGCAACGAAGCAUUCUGCAGCUACUGCGCAAAGCUGCACCGAUCGUUGAGACAUUGCUGGAAUCGAGAAAAACUCGAAAUGAAGAGGAUAAAAGCAGCACCAAUCACAGACAGCAAGAUCAAGACGAUCGGUUGGAUGUGGUCCGUUCGUUCGAUGCUGGCAAAAUGUGUCCCGAGUUUGAGAUUAAGCUAGUGCACACGAAAGGCACAGAAGCGUCUGAGGACAUGACCACGUUUGUGCUUGAAUUUUGGGCCCGUGGAACCUACUCCCGGCCGAUGUACCGAUUCUCCUCCUGGUCUACGAUCGUGUGCGUGGACUACGAGUUGCGCAACAGUAUGAUGGUGUUCGGUGGCACUAGUGAUGGGACCUUGCAGAUGUGGCUGGGAGAUGGCGAUCGAUGUCACAGUGAGGUCUUGCCGCCGCAUCAGAUCGUAGCACCGAAGGUGCCUCGGAAGCACACGCUCAGCUGCUGCGAAUUGGUAGCUGUCAAGGUGCUGCCAGUGCCGAUCGUUCGGGACAGUAGCUUGGAGAUUGGGAGUGAGAAUGCGUUCAAUCAGGUAUUUGGACUGUUCUCUACCGGGAUCAUCGUCGUGUGGAACGUUCAGACACAGCAACAUGGCGCUGUCCGUGCAGACGAUGUACUGAGUGCAAAGUUAGGCACUCCAGGCGUUACGCUGGUACAAUCGAAGGUGAUAGACUUAGCCAGUCGUAUCGGAGGUCGUUUACCGUACGAUGCUUUACGUACGUUUGAGAAUCUCCUGCUGCACGAUCAUCAUCAGAUGGUAAUGUCUAGCGGUCAUGCCGUGAUUCGGCUGAGCCACUUCGUCCAAUCGGAGUACGAUCCUGUGCUGUUGAUUCAACCUGACUCUUCUCACUCGAUCGUUAAUCUGAAGCGGAUGGUACAAGCGAACGAUACACUGUUUGUGCUGUACUCCAACAAAACGGUGCGCGUGCUAAAACUCUGCACCGAGCCGGGUGGCCGUGAGUCGGCCCAGACCCACCAUCACAAGCACGACGAUCAGCCGCAUCUGAUGCUGAGCGUUUGCACCAACAAAUCCUGCACCAUCCAGAGCAUCGUGCACGAUGAGGCUAAACGAUACGGUAACGGGAACGGAGCGAGUGAAGGUCGAGCGGAUGGUGGUGGUGGGAGGACGCUGAUUCCGAAAGUAACCGAUCGAAGUGAGAAAGGAGAGGGUGAAGCGUUCGCCAAACCACGCUUUCACCACGGCCAGCAGAUAUUAUUUUUCGAUGCCCAACAUCCGGACGGUGGUAUGCUCAAAGACGUUUCGUACCGCGAGCGAAGGUUGGUUUAGGUUUGGCGAAAAUUGGAAUAGGAUUAAACAUUGUGUGUUUUUUUUCUUAAUCAACUUUAUUUUGAACGUAAUACAACAUCAUACAUGUGUAGAAACAGAAAA